AACAACCAAACGAGAGAACCAGCUCGCACAAUAUUCAGCUAAUCUUAUUUACCAGCAUCGUAUUCUGUUUCCCCAAAUGCGUAAACUGAGGCUACCAAGCAAGCCACAUUAUUAAUUAGUAUGCUUUAAAGAUUGUAUUUUUGCAAGGUAAUAUUAUCCUCCAUCACGGUGCAUUUAACAGUACAGUUGGAUAGUUCUGCACCCGUUAGCCAGUUCGAUUGGCUUUGUUGAGGGCUGACCUGGUCUGCUUGUCAGCAAGCUGCAAUAUCUCUAGCUGUUAAAAACAUAGCUUGCUAACUAGUUGGCCAACUGGCUGACUAGCUGGCUCGCAGAUGGUGGAGUAUUAGAUGAGCACCAUGUCCCAGUUCUCUGCUGAGGAUGAGGCAGAACUGCAGGACCUUCUGCGACGAUUACUCAGAAGCGUCCAAGAGAGAAUCUCCGGAGCGCCUUCGGUCGAAUGUGCGGAAGAAAUUCUGCUACACCUUGAGGAAACUGACAAGAAUUUUCACAACUAUGAGUUCGUCAAGUACCUGCGGCAAUACGUGGAGAGCGCCCUUGGGGCCGUCAUUGAUGAGGAAACUGAGUUCUGUGCCCGAGGCGACGGCCACGCCAUCGGUUCGGGGCAGGACACCUUGGUCCACGCUGUCACGAAGAGGACGCGGGAAUCUGGCCAAUACAAAACAAUGAUGCAGACACUUAAGAACACCAUGAUGGUGGUGGUGGAGUCCCUUAUCAAUAAAUUCGAGGAAGAUCAGCUGCGGAAGGAUGAGAUGCACCGGAGGAGCCAGAGAGAGCAGGCCGGCAGCCACUACACAGACAACUGCUCCGACAGCGACUCCUCUUUCAACCAGAGCUAUGCAUUCAUCAAACACGAGCAACUGCAAAUCAUUGCUGAAAAGCUCGACCCUAGUCGUCCAAAAGAGGUGCGCUGGGAGGCCCUGCAGUCGCUCUGCUGCGCCCCGCCUUCCGACGUCCUGAGCUGCGAGAGCUGGAGCAGCCUGCGCAGAAACCUGUCCGCAGCCCUGGCAGACCCCGACCCCAAUCUGAGCGGAAAGGUCCUGAGGUUUUUUGCAAAAACCUUUUCCUCUUCUCCGCUGAAUGUCACAAGAGAGAUCUAUACCAGCUUAGCAAAAAGUCUGGAGUCUGACUUCCUUCUCCAGAGAUGGAGCUUUCCCUCUGGAUCUGCCAUGUUAGAUGUAAAUGAGCAGGACAUGACACGACUGCUAAAACAGAUGCGAUUAAUGAACGAUUUCCAAAAGGAAGUGACAUCAUUCUGGAUUCGUCACCCAGAGAAGUACAUGGAAGAGAUCAUAGACAGCACUCUGUCGCUCCUGUCUUUGUAUGUGGAACCCAGUGCGGGGUCACCUGGAUCAGGGAAGCCCUUGCAGCCCGUUCACCUGAUCGCCCUGCUGGACAUCAGAGCCACCUGGUUCAAAAAGUGGAUGCAUGGUUACUACAGCAGGACUGUAGUGCUGGGCCUCCUGGAAAAGAAGUACAGGUCUCUGAUUGUAGCAGCUCUUCAGCAAUGCAUUUAUUACUUUGAGUCUCGUGAGGAAGUUGUUGACGAGGCUUCGGCUCUCACCCACGCAAUGGAAUACCAGCAGAUUGAUGGCACGCGGAGGACGCGGUACACAGCUAAGGAGCUGGAGUAUGUGCACUUCGUUCACUCCCUCUGUGUCCUGGGAAGGCUGCUUAUGUACACCAACGGAAGAAAGCUUUUCCCCAUCCAAGUGAGCAAAGCAAAAGAUCCAGUCACGCUCACAGACUUGAUUGGGAUCCUGAUUAGAACACUGUACCAGCACCCUAAGGCACCAUCCAGCAGGACCACGCAUGCAGACUCGCUCUCGCCCACCAGCCUUGUGAUGGAGGCGUUACGAACGCUGUGUGACCGCACGGAGUGUGCAAUCGAGUGCUUGUACCAAACCUCCGUGAUAGAAACACUGCUGUCUCCGCUUGUCGCCUUACUCAGAGGGGACCAGAUGAAAUUAAAGUCCCCAGAGACCACAUUGACUCAUAUAGCGGACAUUCUGGCGAGAAUCGCCACCACAGAGCGGGGAUUGUCACUUUUUCUGUAUGACAGAAGUCUGGUGUCUGCUGAGGGUGAAAGGAUUUCGGCAGCACACGUGAUUGUCCAGUUUACCCAGAGGCUCCUGGCUGAUGAGCUGGGGGUUCUGUCCGAAACGGACACGCCCCCCUGCGUGAGCGGGGCCUUCAUCUUCGUCUGCAGACAGAUGUACAACACCUGCGAGGGUCUGGAGGAGCUCCGCCCAUAUGGCCUCCACACAUGUAUCGCCAGGGCCUGGAGAAAGACGAGCUCCCUGUCGGAGAGAGUCCCUACGCCCGUCCCUGGGGCUGCGCCGGUCUUGUCCUCUCCGGGCCUGCAGAAGCUGCUCGCUUGGGAGGAGACGCUGCUGGAUAACCUGCUGAACUUUGCUGCCACGCCCAAAGGCCUCCUCCUCCUCCAGCAGACCGGCGCGAUCGCCGAAUGCGUCACCUACAUGUUCACCAGGUUCACCAAGAAACUGCAGGUGAGCAGGUGUGAGAAGUUUGGCUACGGGGUGAUGGUCACGCAGGUGGCGGCUACGGCGCCUGGCGCGGUGGCUCUUCACAGCUCAGGAUUUGUUCAGGCCAUCGUGGUGGAGCUGUGGUCGGCUCUGGAGUGUGGGAGAGAAGACUCCAGGGUGCUUCACCCCAAGUCCACCCCCAUGGACCCCAUCGACAGGAGCUGUCAGAAGUCUUUCCUGGCCCUGGUGAAUCUGCUGUCAUCCUCCCACGCAGUCUGGGAGCUUCUGGGUGGCCAGCCGCUUCCCAACAAGGCCGAAUACCCCCUGAGAGAGAUGCCCACCUCUAUUUCCGAUUUGAUGGACAGGCUGAUUAUAAUCAAUUCAGACGCAAAAAUUCACUCGCUGUUCAACUACGAACAGUCCCACACGUUUGGCUUGAGGUUACUCAGCGUCAUCUGCUGCACCCUGGACUCCUUCCUGCUGUUGGAGUCACAGUACAGCGUCUCUGAUAUGCUGCUGCGGAGCCAGAAGGACAACAUCAGCGACCCCUCUGCUGGGGAUGGGGACUUCAUUAUUGACGGGCUGUCUGUGGAGAGGAAUCACAUUCUGGUGCGCGUCGGUGUGGUGGGGGGUCCAUCCGAGCGGAGCCUGCCCCCUAGAGGUCUGCAGAAGGGUGCUGACCCGUAUCCGUGGCCUAUGUUUUCAUCGUACCCGCUCCCCAAGUGUUACAUCCUCGAUGUCCCCAAGGCGUCCUGCGGUAAGCAGGACUCUGAGAUCAGCGCCUUUCUGGCUGGAACGGCGCGGGGCGCGCAGGCAGAGGGCUGGAUGGAGAACUGCAGGAGGCACUACUGCGGAGCCGUGAGCACCAAACCCAGCGCCAUCACCGGGGACGUGCUCGCCGAUCUGCUGGAGCACGCAGUCACACACCUGGCCGCCAACCCGCCCGACUGCUUCUUCCUGCACGUGGAGUACAAAGCAGCAGACAGCAGCGUUAGGACACAUCAGCUGUCCCCCGUGGAGCAGCUGGGGAUACAGGUGUCUGUCAGGUACGGGAAGCACCUGAAGCUGCUGAAACCGGAUGCGGAGCAGGACUUAAGCCUGCUGAUGAAACACUGCAAGGACUUCCUCUCUCAGCAGCAGGCCAAAAUCACAUCGCAGCUCUACAGUCUGCAGGGAGCCUUCCCGGGCCACGACUGGUUCGCCUCCACUGUGUUCCUCCUGGUGUCGGGGGACGGCGAGCGGGCGCUGGCGCUCCUCCUCCGGCUCUCCCGCCUGCUUGUCUCGGCCUUCCUGUGGCUGCCCAGGCUGCAUCGCUCGGUGCACCUUCCCUCGGAGAUGGCGCAGUCUGGGAUCCACCCUGUCUACUCCUGCACGGCACACUACGUGGACAUGCUGCUGAAGGCUGAGGUCCCCCUCGUUUCCUCCGCCUUCAGGAUGUCCGGAUUCACCCCCUCCCAGAUCUGUCAGCAGUGGCUGGGGCAGUGUUUCUGGAACUACCUGGACUGGCCUGAGAUCUGUCUCUACGUCUGCACUUGCGUCAUCAUGGGGCCCGACUACCAGGUGUACGUGUGCAUAGCGUUGCUCAAACACCUGCAGACAGACAUCCUACAGCACACGCAGACCCAGGACCUCCAGGUCUUCCUCAAGGAGGAGCCGGUGCGGGGCUUCCGAGUGAGUGAUUACCUGCAGUAUAUGGAGGAUUUGGAGCACAGAUACAGAGCACGGGUGCUCUCAGACAUGAGGAAGAUCGCUCAGAAAAUCACAUAGGAGAGCCGCUCUGCUAAUAACAUCACUGUCUGUGUAUGCUCGCUCAAGCACACAUUCCAGCACAGCAAAAUGUAGCCUGGACCUUUUCCAGCAGACACCUGGACUGCAAUGGGCAUGUGCUGUUCUGGAUCAGUGUGUAUGUUGAUAUUCCUCACGGGAGCGAUGAGACUGGGAUUUCAUAGAG